ACUCCCGUUUACGGGCUGUAUCCAAGGCGGCCUGUUUGAAGGGAAGACCGUCACUGUGACAGGGCGAGUCCUGGCAGGAGCAGAGAGGUUUUGUGUGAAUUUGCUAUGUGUCACUAACACAUCGAGUGAUAUCAUCCUCCACUUCAACCCGCGCUACCGCGGUAACUCGGGUCACGUGGUGUGUAACACGCUGCAGAGUUCCUGCUGGGGUUCCGAGCAACGGAGCAAACACACCCCACUUCCCAGAGGAUCUGACUUCAUCCUCACCUUCCUGGUCAACCGAGACUCCUAUUCGGUGAUCGUGAACGGAGCCCAUUUCAUGGAGUACUUGCACCGGCUCCCUGUCUCUUCUGUGAAUGCAAUCUUUGUGGACGGAGGUGUAGAGGUCACGUCCAUCACUUUCCAAAACCCAGCUGUGAUCAUCGACCGAGGUAGACCGAUGCAGCCAGAGAAGCAGCGGUACCGAAGCAAACUGACCCGUGGAUCAGGUUGGAAUAUGCAAGGACAUCAGAAGCAUGCGAGCCAGAUACAGGCGCUUGCCGCUUGCGAUGUCGCUGAUUUAAGUGCUGCACCUCCUCCAUACAGUUCUCAACCUGCUUAUGUUAUACCAUAUAAAACCAUUAUUCAGGGUGGAUUUUACCCAUGCAGAGGCAUCACCGUACAGGGCUGUGUCAACCACAACGCUGACAGGUUCGACAUCAACCUGCGUUAUAACUCCGGCAUUGCGUUCCACUUCAACCCGCGUUUCGACGAGAACGUAGUGGUGCGCAACAGCCUGAUGAAGGAGCGCUGGGGUCGUGAGGAGAGAAGCGGCGGCAUGCCCUUCUACCGAGGCCAGCCGUUUACGGUGAGCAUCACGUGCGACACUCAAUGCUACAGGAUCGCGGUGAACGGCACUCAAAUGUUCACCUACAACCACCGUCACUUCCUGUUCCAGCAGAUCGACAUCCUGGAGGUUGAUGGAAACAUCAGCGUCAGUUCUGUCGUGGUUUAAGUGCAGGUCGUUAUGUGUAUAAACUGUAAAACCAGUUCAAACCAGUAUAAUACUUUAAAUGUAGCACAUAUUGUAUUCUGGGAAAAUUGUACAGCAUCAAAAGCAGUAAAGAUAGCUAUGCAACACUGCUGAGACGAUAUCUUACUAAUACAGUAAAACCUACAGGUUCAUUAACUUCACCGCAUCUGACUAAUUUUUCCAUUUUUUAUUUAUUCCUUAUUUUUGUCAUCCUUGGUUUUUUAAAAUCAUAACUGUAGUUAUAUUAGUGAGGUAGCGUUAAGUGUAACAAGUUAACUGGAGGUAAAACUAUAAUGCUACAUCAUAUUAGCCUAGUUCAGUGGAUAAGGUUUCUAGCUAUGUUUGAUAAAUAUAUAUAUAGCAAUAAGUCUUCUUCUUAUGACUCAUUGAUUCUAUAUCUGUGGUUCUUAUUGUUCCUGUACUUUUGAUAUCAUAUUAUUCAUGGACUGAAAUGAUUCAUUUGAACCCAGUAAGAGAGUUUGUUUUGGACACUUUCAAAUGUAUGUACGAUGUACAUUUGGCAAUAAAAGUGUUAAACAGCAGUAUGAUUAAAACAUUACAGCAGAGAUUUGAUGGGAAUUGACUGUUAUUAAUGUGUAGUCCUGUAAAAAUAUAGACUUCGGCAAAAAGUUCGAAACUUUUACCAUAUAAGACUGGGGUAGGAUUUGGGUCUGAGGGUAAGACUGAGAUGGGAGUUGGGUUUGAUAAUGAGUCUUUGGGUUUGA